AAUCCAAUCAACUUUAACAAUAGUUAGGUUCACCUCAAUUUCUCGCAAAAACUCCACUUCCGACGCUCAAAACCACCAUACUACUCAAUAUGUCUUCUGACCCUCACCGCGGCGGACGUCUCGAGGACAUGGCUCCCGAGGGCACUCGCAUUCCCAAUGAUGCAGGCAUCAUGAACACAAUCCCCUCCGUUCCUCGCCCUGAUCAGCGCUCCGAAGAUUCUCAGUUCGAUAACUACGGUAUCGCUCACCCGACCUCCGCCUUUGCCGCCGACAACUCCACCGACAUGCCUCGCAGCACAAGAGACAUGGCUCCCUCGGGCGAAGUCAUCACCGGAACCGGUGAUAGUUUCCCAGCUGAAGGCGAAUCCAAGAGAAACCUGAUCGGUACCAACCACCCUGGAGCCAAGGGCGAGUCCAGAAACCUGAAGCACUCCAAUCUCAACCGCAGUGCUUAUGAGCGAUUUUCCGGAGAGGACGAAGAUGCUAUUGGCGAGCAUCAGAUCAGAAACGAGUAAACGAUAUGCAUAUCUGGGAUAUGCUUUGACAUGAGCAUGAUGUAUUAUAGAUGAACGAAACGAUAUUUCUAUCUU